UUGUCAGAAAUGUCUCCAACAAAUGUAAUCACCGCCACUGCCAACAUCAAAAAAUCAACGUUUGCAAUUGCAGCAUGUGCAAACAAUGACAUUACUUUAUCUUUUAAACAACAUCCCACAUCACAAAAAAUAGUAGAUCGAGCAUUACCUUUUAUAUUGCAAGGCUUCUUAAAGAAAAUAUUAUACUUUUUUCAACAAAAUCAUCCAACUCUUUCUCUCCUUCUUUCCUCAACCAUUGAUAAUUCUGUAGUAACUCGUUUAUUGAUUUUAUUGGCAAUUGAUAGGAUUUUACCAAUAAUAUUACCAAGUUUUAUAGAAAGAAUUGAUCAAAAUUAUUUAUCAAAAUUUAUGACAAUAUUGUUUAGUAAAUUUAUAAUAAAGAGUUCUAGAAUAAUUCCUAAGCACAGAUGGCUUUGUACUAAAAAUGGCAUUUUGAAAACAAAUUCAAAUCAGGUGUCAACACUUUCUGUAAGAUUCAAUGACAAUCCACCUAAACUUUAUUUAUUUAAUAAGUCUUUACAAGAACAAGUUCCUGUUCUACAAGUAGCUGGUCCAAGUAAAGGUAAAUAUAGCAGAGCAGAAUUAGAAGAACAUAGGGAAUUUAUGUUAACAAAAAUUCGUAUAGCAGUAAAGAAAAAAAAAUGGAGAAGUGUUAAAAGAUUGAUUGGAGUAGCUUUCAAAACCUUUACAAAUUAUUGA